AUUUAAUACUUUAUAUACAGUCUCUAUAUUCUGUAUAUGUGUUUAUAUAUACUGUAUAGUGUCUACUUUUAUAUCCUUAUGUGAUGGCUUAUCUAUUUUUCUAAAUAGGGUUAACAUUUCAUAAACUGAGUGAACAUAAAAAUAGUAGUUUUUUGUAUAUUAGUAGACAACUUAGAAAUCAAAAUGUUUCAAUCUGUUCGAAAGUUUGCAUCACACAUGUACCGUCAGUAUGAGCUCAACACAGCAAUAUAUAUGCUCGAACCCAAGGAGAAGCUGGCCAUGAAUGCCUUCUUCUUGUCAAUUCUUGGUCUCAUUACUUACUCUUCAUAUGUGUACUUGCCUCACUACACAUCCACGAUGCUUGCCUUCUUUGGAAUUAUUGACAUUGAUAAUUGAGCUUUUGAAUGUAAGCAUUGGUAGGAUAAAUUUCUUUAUUUUAAUGUCUAAAUUAUCAUCUGCCUGAAAUUAAUUCUACUUGGUUUAAGUGUUAGAAGUUAAAACUAUUAUCUGUACUUAUUUUGUAUUUUGCUUUUAUUUCAUAUAUGAACAUUUUGCUCAUUUGCAUAUCAUGGCAACUCAGGGAAAACAAGUCAAAACCCUGUCUAAAGCUGAACAACAGAAAACAAUCAAGGGUGCCCAGAAGCCCAAGAGAAAUGUUGUAAAAAACACGCUAGAAAGCCCAUUUGCCCUAGACUGGCCUGUUAUAAGCACAGAACAUAAAGGAGAAAUUAAAGUACUUCUACAAAAGACUUGCUCUGGAUUAAAGACACUCGGAUGCAAGCCUCCUUGGAAUGAAGUGAGAAAAUUUAAGGGUGCAGAUAGAACAGCUUUUCUGAAAGAAUAUCGGAAAAAGUUUCUAGACAGUUUAGAUUCUGCUGUUGUAAAUCAGAACAGAGAGAAUGAAGAAUUGUUGUCUCAUUUGAUUUUUGGCUAUAAUUCUGUAAUGAGAGCUCUAGAGAAAGACUGUUUAGCUGGGGUUCUGGUUAAGAAGAAUGUUGAGCCCCCAUUCCUAGUGAAAGCAUUUCUUCCUGGUUGUGCAAAUAAGUGUGUUCCUCUAAUUCCAUUAGAUGACCUUGAUAGCUUGCUAAAAGACGAAGAGACCCUUGCAUUGCCUCAUGCAUGCAUGGUGCUUGGACUAAAACCAACUGUCAAGGAUGACAAUAAUAGAUUUUAUGCAUUGUUUACCAAGAUGUGCGAAGCUGUUGACAUGGAAGAGGGUGUGGAUGAAGGUUUUGAGGAGGUGGAGUGUAGCACAGCAGUUACUGUUACAGAAGAUAAUAAGGAAAACAAAGCUUGUACAUCCAACUAUUCCUUAACACACGAGCAAGUUCAGUCAUAUCAUUUGAAACGAUCUUGUAAAAAUAAACGAGCAUUCAUUCCAGGGGAAAGAAAAGAAAAGAAUGUUGAUGCUAUGGAGUGUGGGGCAGGUUUUAUCAGCCUUGAGCCUACUAAAGUGGAUGCCUUUGUUCAAGAAGAGAAAAUGCAGCUUGAUAGCAAACCUGCUAAAUUAUCUAAAAAGAAGUCAAAACAAUUGCAGAAAAAAGGAGCUGCUUCUAGUUCCCUCACAUCUAUGGACUUGAAUAAUAUAUUUAUUGAUGUUGGAGGAGAUAUGGAUCAGUCAAAUCAGAAAGAUGAGAAACAAGAAAGUAGCAGUUUAGAUGCAAGAAAUGUUUAUAAUAUGGAAAAUGGCCAAGGUAAGAAGAGAAGAAAAACAAAGCCACACAAUUUUCCAUACGUGUCUGCCAAAACAAAGAGAGUUAAAAACAACCCAAACAGAAAAAACAAUAAGAGUGGUAAAAAGAAAAAAGAAUGAAAAUACUGUAAAUGCAAAUUCUCUCUUUAAGCUGGGAAUUGAAAAGUAGACAUUAAUAUACUGUUAUAUGUAUUUUUAGUUUCUUUAUUGUGAGGGUUAUUCAGUUUUUCGUUUAUGCUGCAUUUUCCUUUGCACUGUUCCUCCGAAAAGAUAGAUGAUGAGGUUAUAUUAACAUGGAUUCAUAAGCUAGCAGCCAUAAGGAGUGGUAGGGACAUGUGCAACAUUUGAUAAAUGUUACUUGUUGGAUAGUAGCCAAAUGUAAUGGAUAUUGCCAGAAAUAUAAAUAAUCAGAUUACUGUAAUACAAUUAAGAAAGUCAAAAGUAAUAUCAAAUUUGCUGCUAUCCUUUGUCAUUGUGUGGGCAAGAACCUCUUAUUAUUUAGCAAAAAGCAUAAAGUAGCUGAAAUCAGGCUUAUAAAAAUUACAUUUAUUUUUAAAUACAGUACUGUAUAUAGACACUCCACAAGAUUUUUAAGAGCUAUUUUGACCAGCUUUGUAGGAACCUAGUACAAGUUAAAACUUUCAGCAUGUUUUGAUACAUAAGUACUGUAUAUAUAUAUGCCGGUUUCAUACACUUUAGAGCAGUGUGUUAUUACAAAAAAUAUUUGUGGUGCAUUUAAUGUAAACCAUAGAAGCUUUUGCAAUGCUUAAGUACUGUUUCUAAAUGUUGGUAUAGCUUACCUCUUAAGGUGAAGCAGGUGUCUUCUUAAAAACCAGGGGGCCAGAUUCACGAAGCAGUUAUGAACCUGUACAUCUUUUCUCAAUCUUUGGCGGUUUUGUUUACAAUUAUUAAACAGUUAAUAACUCCGAAGCACCAGGAGGCUGUUUAUAACAAUAAC